AUGGCUGAAGAUCAGAAAUUUUAUUUAGGAAGAUAUAAAUUAGAAGAAUGUGAUUAUAAUGAAUGGAGUGAUAUCAACAUAAAUAAUAGAAUAAAAAUUGAUUCAUAUAACUCCGGGAAUUGUUCCAAUUUAAAAAACUAUAAGAUUUAUCUAUUUAAAAUGCUAAGAGGUAAUAUUGUAAUGUAUUUUUUGUACCUCGGUAUUAAAGAUGUUCAUAAAAUUAUACAAUUAAUUUUUAAAUAUCAUAAAAUAUCUAUCAUUACAAACUUUUGGGGCUUAAAAUUUAAUUAUUUUAAGUAA